CUCAUCACGGCCUGAAAAUUCCCGCCGUAACACACUCCUCCCUUCCAAACAAACCUCCCCCCCCUUCCGCCCCAAAUCGACAUCAUGGACCGUAGAGGAAGAGGCUCGAACCAGAAGCGCGGCGGUCCCAGACGUGGCCGUCGCGAUGCGCCGUACAGCGAUUCCCCCAGAUCGGCCGUCCCGUCGGCGCCGGCGCCCGCUGCCCCAGCGCCUCAGAGCACUGCGCCGCCCCUCACCGAGCCCGUCCCCGAGGACACGCCCAGGUUCGCCGAUAUGGUUGGCGUCAACCCGGCCCUGAUCCAGGCCAUCACCCAGGAUCUCAAGUUCGACCACAUGAUGCCCGUCCAAGCCGCCACUCUGACCGAGCUUCUCCCCCCCAAGCGCGGCGACUGCCUCGUCCAGGCCAAGACCGGCACCGGCAAGACCAUUGCCUUCCUCCUCCCUGCCAUCCAGACCCUCAUCACCAACAACCGCGGCCGCGGCGCCGGAAUCUCUCUCCUCGUCAUCUCCCCCACCCGCGAGCUGGCCAUGCAAAUCGCCAAGGAGGCCCAGGGUCUGCUGCAGCGUCUCCAGCAGUACCGCGUCUGCAUCGCCAUCGGAGGCACCAACAAGGACCGCGAGGAGAAGCAGAUCCUCAACGGCUGCGACAUUCUCAUUGCCACCCCCGGACGUCUCAUCGACCACAUGUCGAACGAGUACAUCAAGGAGUCUUUCCGCCACCUCGAUACCCUGGUGCUCGACGAGGCCGACCGCCUCCUCGACAUGGGCUUCAUGCCUGCUCUCAAGGACAUCGUCCGCGCCCUCCCCGACAAGGCCCAGACCAACCGCCAAGGCAUGCUCUUCUCCGCCACCAUAGCCCCUCACGUCGAGCAGGUCGCCGGCCUCGUCCUCUCCAAGGGUUACAAGUUCAUCUCCACCAUCCCCGCCGGCGAGGCCAACACCCACGAGCGCGUUCCCCAGCACCUCAUCAAGGUGCCCACCUUCGCUGCCGUCGCCCCCGCCAUGGUUGGCGCCAUCCGCGAGGAGGCCGCCCACGUCGGCCCCGAGACCUUCAAGGCCAUCAUCUUCGCCCCGACGGCUGCCCUUGCCGACUUCUACGGCGACGUCCUCGCCAACGUCCCCGGCAUGCUUCCCACGGCCGUCCUGCACUCCCGCAUCUCCCAGAGCAAGCGCACCAAGACGACCAACGACUACCGCGAUUCCAAGUCUGGCAUUCUCGUCGCCACGGACGUCAUCGCCCGCGGCAUGGACUUCCCCGGCGUCACCUCCGUCUUCCAGGUCGGCAUCCCCGCCGACAAGGAGUCGUACAUUCACCGCCUCGGCCGUACCGCCCGCGCGGGCGCCGAGGGCCGCGGCAUCUUCAUCGUCGCCGACAUCGAAGGCUUCUUCCCCCAGUGGACCCUCAAGGAGAUCUCUUUCGAGACCCGGCGCGCCGACCUCUCGUCGGCCGAGCAGGUCUACGCGAUCGCCGAGCAGCGCAUCGACGAGGCCCAGAAGGCCAAGAUCUACCAGGCCUGGCUGGGUUACUACAAGAACUGGAUGAAGUCCCUCAAGUGGGACAAGGAGCAGCUCGUCGCCGAGGGCAACAUCUUUGCCCGCGACGCCCUCGCGGCCCCCGAGACUCCCGCCAUCCAGAAGAGCACCGUUGGCAAGAUGGGCCUCCGCGGCACCAGAGGUCUCGUCGUCAUCCCGGACGCGCCCAAGGGCCGCCACGGACACCGCGGCGGCGGUGGCGGUGGCGGUGGUGGAGAGGGUCGCAGCGCUGGUUCCGGCGGCCGUGGAGGUGGCGGCGGCGGAGGAAGACGUGGCGGACGUUUCUAGAACCUCACCACUUGAUGCCAUGGUUUUUUCCCUUCCUUUCUUUUUUUUUUCUUUUCUUCUUUUCACCCACGCAUUUGCUUUUUUCUGGCGGUCCUGAGCUUGUUUACGCUACUACAACUUGAUACCCUCAUACAUCUGUACGACGGGGAGACGGGGAAUACAUAGACAUGGGUAGGGGGCGGGGAUAAUCAGGUGGACUGGCGUUCUUCGGUAACUAGACAUGGUUUUUCGGUUUUUUUCGGUAUCAAAGAAAGAAAGUCGGGAAAAAACGUCGUCGACCCAUCAUAAAAUGAAAGGCCCGCUCUCUCUAUUUUCUUCUUCUUUUUUUUUGCAGUACGUAAGAAUAAGAAGAAGAAGAAGAAGAAGAAGAGCCUUCAAAGGGCACUCUGUUCUUUAAACUUGCGGAGAAGAAAA